CUAAUUUGAAUAUUGGACUAUAAAAGCCAGAGUCAGUGCAUUGUCUGACUAGAAACUGGCAUUAUGGCUACUUGGCGGUACCCACUACUCAGCCUGCUGGUGCUCCUUGUCGGGGCCAAGUCGUUGGUUCACUAUAAAAAAUUCCCUGGCGAUGCCGUUGCAGAGACCUGCACAGGCCCUGCUGGAGCCAUUCAAAAGUACGAGUACCAGCAGCACAAAGACUUUUGUGGCAUCGUCUACUGCAUGUCCGGGAAUGGCGAUACUCUGAUACAUUACUGCCAGCUACCAGCGACGUUCGCCGCGUGCGAAGAGUCUGGCGUGAACACGCAGGACAAAUUUCCCCAAUGCUGUUGGACCUGCGUCAAGUAUAAAACAUGCUAAACUCUGGCUUACUAUCCUUCAAAGCAAUUCGAUUUUAUAUCUUUCUGCAUUUGCACUCUGAGAGCGUAUCUCAGAGAUGCUGGCUGCUGGCUGCUGGCAUUCUAAAGUGUCUGCAAGUGAUGAGCACGCGGCAUUUGCGGCCCUCGUACAGGCCAUA